AUGUCAGGCAACACCCUUAGAGGCACGCCCAAUCGCGGCCAGGCCCGUGGAGGCAUCCCCUUCAACAAUAGCCCUUCUUCCACUCCUGCCGCUGCCUCUGGCAUUCCUCGCCCCGUGCUAGAGACCCAGGCUUCCCAGAGCGAAGCUGGUGGAUCGGGAGUCAGUGCAAGCCGGCAGAAGCAGACCAAGAGAGAUGAGUCUAUCCGUCUGCUUUACCCUGUUCUUGGUCUGUCCGCCUCGAAUAUCUGCCAGACUGGACGAGACACAGACGAAACUCCAGGGAACAGAAUGGGAAACCUCACCUAUCGCGAGCUUGAGAGAGCCAGACUGCUCGACACAAUGGAUACUGACUACUACGUCAAGGCCAUCCGCAAGAAGAUGGAGAGCGAUCUCUCCAAGAAGAAGCACCUCACGAGCCGAGCCCGCCACUCGCGCAAGGCCCCGCCGGGCACCGUUCUCGCCCUGAAGCCCAGUCCUGCCCUCCAGAUCAAGCCCGCCACGACCGUUGCCGAGGCCGCCCAGCUCAUGGCCGCGAAGCGCGAGGACUGCGUGCUCGUCACCGACGAUGACGACCGCAUCGCCGGUAUCUUCACCGCCAAGGAUCUGGCCUUCCGCGUCGUCGGGGCUGGCCAGAAGCCGAACCACAUCACCAUCGCCGAGAUCAUGACCAAGAACCCCCUCUGCGCCCGCACCGACACCAGCGCUACCGACGCCCUCGAUCUGAUGGUCCGCAAGGGUUUCCGUCACUUGCCUGUCAUGGACGAGAACCAGGACAUUUCGGGUAUUCUGGAUAUUACAAAGUGCUUCUACGAUGCUAUGGAGAAGUUGGAGCGUGCCUACUCGUCCUCAAGACGCUUGUACGACGCCCUCGAGGGUGUGCAGUCUGAGCUCGGCACGAGCCAGCCGCAGCAGAUCAUCCAGUACGUUGAGGCACUUCGUAGCAAGAUGUCCGGCCCGACCCUGGAGUCUGUCCUCGACGGACGCCCCCCUACGACUGUCAGCGUGCGCACGUCGGUGAAGGAGGCUGCUCAGCAGAUGAAGGAGAACCGCACCACUGCCGUCCUUGUGCAAGAUCAGGGAGCGAUUACCGGUAUCUUCACCAGCAAGGACGUCGUCCUUCGUGUCAUUGCUCCCGGUCUGGACCCCGCAACCUGCAGCGUCGUUCGCGUCAUGACGCCUCAUCCCGACUUUGCUCCCAUGGACAUGAGCAUCCAGGCCGCUCUGCGCAAGAUGCACGAUGGUCACUACCUCAACCUGCCCGUCAUGACGGCCGACGGCGGCGAGAUCGUCGGCAUGGUCGAUGUUCUCAAGCUCACCUACGCUACUCUCGAGCAAAUCAACACCAUGUCCACAGCUGAUAGCGAGGGACCCGCGUGGAACAAGUUCUGGCUUUCGCUCGACGACGGCACAGAGUCCAUGAUGUCCGGCGAGGGCAGCCACACCCACCACACGAACCUCGGUUCCCGCAUCAUGUCUCCCGAUAUCACUCGUGAGCGUAUCGGCGACAGCGUCGCUCCUGGCGACUCCGCCUCCCAUGUCGGCCUUGAGUCUCCGCCGCAUUCCAUCGUCACCGGAAACAGCCCGGCCCAGCAGUCUCCCGCCGAGCUGCCGUUCCCUUUCAAGUUCAAGGCACCCUCCGGACGUGUCCACCGUUUGCAGGUCAUUGCCUCCCAGGGCAUCGGUGCCAUGGUGGCCAACGUAAUUUCCAAGCUCGGCAACGAGGUGGACGCCAUUGGCGGUGCUCCCACAAUCGAGGAGGGCAGAAUUUCGGGUGGCUUUGCGCUCAGCUACCUCGACGACGAGGGCGACUCUGUCUCCAUCACGACAGACAACGAUCUCCUCGAGUCCAUUCUCCUCGCCCGCCAGGGACGCAGGGAAAAGGUCGAUCUGUUUGUCCACGACCCCGAGAAGCCUCCCGUCGCUGCCGCGCUGCCCGUGGAGCCCGUCGCUCUCCCCACUCCCCCCAUCUCUGCCACCCCCGAUCUGCGCCACCGGAGGAGAUACGAUGACGAGGACGAUGAUGCGGAGGAUGAGGAUGAUGAUGUUUCUCACGUCCGGAGGUCGCGCCGCUCCAGGGCGGCUCCCGCACAAGAUCCCGACCAGGUCAUUGCGGGUGUUCCGAAUGAGCUGUUGCUCCCCGGUGCGAUUGUGACGUUGGCGGUUGUUAUUGUCGGUGUCUUCACCAUCUCGCGCCUGACCACGCAGACUGCAGCAAUCACUCCUGACUAUCACGCUGCAGCCGACGCCAUGAUUGUGAGGAGCAUAGUUGGUCUGCACGGCCGCAGAGCCCUGGCGGCGCCAGUCGUCCGAUCAUGCCACCGCACCAUCAAGACCGAGUCCCUCACGGGCGAGAUCACCCCCGAGCAGAUCGAGGCCUUCACCUACCGCGCCGCAAAGGCCGCCGCUGGCAUCACGCCGCGCAGAAAGACCCGCGACGGUCAAAAACGGGACUUCGGCCCUCAGUGGACCAUCAAAGAGACCUACGAGCGGUUCCGCGACGUGCAGAAGGCCACCGACCGCAUCGGCUCCUCCGUCGGCAAGCACUACGCCCCCUCAUCGCUCAUCCACAACCCGCCUUCGCCCAAGGAUAUCUCCCUCGAGAUGCUCAUGGCCUCGCAGACGCACAUGGGUCACCACACGUCGCUCUGGAACCCGGCCAACGCGCGGUACAUUUACGGCGCGAGGCAGGGUAUCCACCUCAUCUCCCUCGAAGUCACCGCCUCGCACCUGCGGAGGGCCGCGAGGGUGGUCGAGGAGGUCUCGUACCGCGGCGGUCUGGUGCUGUUCGUCGGCACCCGCAAGGGCCAGAUGGAUAUCGUGACCAAGGCGGCGAAGCUCGCGGGCGGAUGCCACUUGUUCAGCAAGUGGACGCCCGGUAACAUUACGAACCGUGACCUGAUCAACCGCGGCAAGGAGAUCAAGGUCGUCGACGAGGCCGACAAGAAGUUGAAGGGUUUCGAGCGGUACGAGCGUAUCGCUCGUCCUCUGCUGCCUGACCUCGUUGUCUGUCUGAACCCUAUGGAGAACUACACCAUGCUGUACGAGUGCGGAUUGGCCAACAUCCCUACCAUUGGUAUCAUUGACACCAACGCGAACCCUGACUGGGUUACGUACACCAUCCCCGCCAACGACGACAGCUACCGUUCCGUCGCCGUCAUCGGAGGCAUCCUCGGCCGCGCCGGCGAACAGGGCCAGAAGCGCCGUCUUGAUGACGCCAGCAAUGGCGUUACCAGCUGGCAGACGCCGCAGGACACGAACCGGUUCAUGCGCGAGGCGAAGAGCAGGUGGGCCAACGAGAGGAAGCGCUGGCAGCGCGAGAACGCCAACCUCGCGGAGGAGCAGGGCCAGGGUGGCGAGGCGCAGCUCCUCGAGAUGGUGCAGGCGCAGCGCAAGCACGCCAUGUUCGGCGAGGAGGUUGUCGAGGACGAGAUGGAGCAGGAGUUGACUGCUGAGCAGAUGAAGGAGGGUGCGCUGAACGAGCAGCUGAGGAAGCAGUUGAUGGAGUAG